GAAAUAUGCAUAUUGGUAAAAAACUAGGAAUGCAUUUUAAAAAUAAAUGAGGCCAUUUAGCUUAGGAAGCGUACGAUGAUUCGAUUGAAGGUAUAGAUACACACAACAAUUAUGAAAGAUCAAGACACCAGUAGAGGAAAUGAACCACUGUUUUCACUAAGCAAGCCAACCAUGACAACCACAAGAACAAAGAAAAAUAAAGAAACGAAAGAGAAAAAAGUUUCCCCAUUAUAUCCACCCACUCCUGACUCUUCACCAUGUAGUGUGGAGGAAACAGAAUCCAUCACCCAAACUGAAAUAUUAUCAACUACAGAUAAAAUCAUGAAUAAUAAGGCUUUGCCCAGCCCGCCUAUGACAAAAAGGGACACUCCAGCAGCGGCUGUUUGUUCUGCCGAGAUGAAACCACCCAUCACCACACCUGAAGUUACCAGCUCUGGUGAUGACCCAGCUGACAAAAACGAACCAUGUGUGAAUAUAUCUAAAGAGUCUAAAUCUGAUAUGGGCUCAAGAAAACAACGUCCCAUCAAUAAAACUGUUGGCAGUGUACCUGAAGCAGUCUCUCCAUCAGUCCCAAAAGAAAAAGUCAGAAGAGCAGUUGCCAGCUCUGAUUCUGGACAGCAAACUGUAAAACCAAAACCUGCUCGUAAAAAAAAAACCCAGCCAGAACAAGUUCAAAAAAAUACUAUAACCAAUUACUAUCAAGUUCGGCGCAGUGGCAGACAAACUAAAUCUGAAAUAGAGAAAGUCAAGCAGCAUCAAUUAGAGCAGCAGAUUUUAGGCCACUGUGAAGAUGGUUUGGAGAUAAAAUACUUUGAGAACAAAGGUAGAGGAGUUAUAGCUACAAAGAACUUUCAGAAAGGGGACUUCGUGGUAGAGUACGCUGGGGACCUGAUUGAUCCAGAAACAGCAAAGUUGCGAGAAGAGAAGUAUGGGGAAACUCCAGAAGUGGGCUGCUACAUGUACUACUUUCGCUGUGCCUCUAAACAAUAUUGCAUUGAUGCCACUGCUGAAUCACAAUACCUGGGCCGUCUUCUAAACCACAGCAAAGCAGGCAACUGUUGCACCAGGGCUGUAAUGAUCGACAAGAAGCCUUACCUUUAUUUGGUGGCCAGCAGGGACAUUCUGACAGGAGAGGAGCUGACGUAUGACUACGGGGAUAGGAGGAAGGAGGCAAUAGAGCAGCACCCAUGGCUGAAGUUAUGAGACUCGUAGGAAAUAAUAUUUUACCAUUUUAUUUAUUGUACAAAAAGUUUCUGUUUGUGACUGAGUAAGAGUUUGCGACUGCGUAAUAGUUAAUUGUACAGAUAUUAGAAUAUCACAGAAAGACAGAUCACACACUCAUGGUUGAAGUUAUGAGAUUCUUAGGAAAUUUUUAAACCAUUUUAUUUAUUUGUGUUAGGAAGAAAAUGUAUUUUGUAUGUGGCCGAGUAAAAGCUAAUUACUGUAUAGUUUGUACCAAUUAAGUAAUUUAUUGAUAGAGCGGAUCCUGUUUAAUUAUUAGAUUGUUAUAUGAUUCCUUACUAAAUUAUGUGCAUAACUAUUUUAACAGCAUUCACCAUGUCUCAAUGAUCUAUAAAUUGCAGUUGCCUAGGCUUAAAAACACAAUGUAUUCUGAACUAAACACUUUAUUCAAUUCUAAACAAAUUUUUUUUGCUACAGCAUGUGUGUAACG